AGUUUAUAUUUAGAUGAGUUUAGAAACAACUGGUUGAACUAUGCAGUUUACUGAUAAAGUUGUACUAAUAACUGGUGCAGGUUCUGGAAUUGGUGCUGCAACUGCUCGACGAUUUGCGCGGCUUGGAGCGUUUUUGGUAUUGCAUGGGAGAAAUAAAGUUAAUCUCGAAAAAGUAGCCGGCGAAUGCGUGCAAGUUAAUGCAAACAAACCACUGGUACUAACUGCAGAAUUAACUAAUGAUUCCGAUGUCAAAGCCCUUAUUGAUUCCAUUAUUGACCACUACGGGAGACUGGACGUGCUAGUAAACAAUGCUGGUAUUCUGGAAAUAGGUACAAUAGAGACCGUAAGUCUGGAACAGUAUGAUAACGCCAUGAAUACAAACAUGCGUUCACUGUACUAUUUAACAAUGUUAGCUGUGCCUCUUUUGAUAACAUCCAAAGGAAACAUUGUGAAUGUGUCAAGUAUUGCUGGGCUGCGGUCGUUCACGGGCAUUUUACCAUACGCUCUAUCAAAAGCGUGCGUAGAUCAGUUUACACGAUGCGUAGCAUUGGAACUGGCAGCAAAAGGAGUGCGUGCAAAUUCUGUUAAUCCCGGCGUAAUUAUCACGGACAUUCACGUGAAAGGUGGUAUGAGCGAGGAUGAAUAUGAAGCAUAUCUAGAAAAAUGUAAAACAACACAUCCACUGGGCAGAGUAGGACUGCUUAGUGAAGUAGUCUCCACCAUUACCUUCCUUGCAAGUCAAGAUGCUAGUAACAUUACUGGUGCAUGUAUUCCAGUUGAUGGAGGUAAACACGCACUAUGUCCUCGUUAAACUACAGAAAUAUUCAUACCUAAUUACCUACUAAUUAUAAUAAGCGGGUCAUGCGAUAGCUGUAGCUAUGGUGAAUUAUAUUUAUUGUAUCAUGAUGGUGAAUGACAUAAUUUAGUUAUAAACAUGUACAGUGGCGGAUUUACAUGUAGGAACACUAGGCACGUGCCUAGGGGCGGCAGUUUUAGAGGGCGGCAUUUUUUCGCACUAUAUUUAUUUUAGGUAAUAUUUUUAAGUUUUAGUCCCCUAACAAGUUAC